AUGGCAAGAUCCGUUUGUUGUUUUGUUUGCAUCCUCAUCUGUCCCGCCCAUGCCCUGACAAACAAAUCAUCAUCAUCACUCCUCCUUAGCUCCGGGUCUUUGACAGUUGCGCCUGCACCUCUGACCGGCCGACCGACCGAGCUUCUUUUGCGGUCCGAGGUCGUCACAAAAAUAGGUAGCUUUAGCUGUAUUUCCAAGCCACAGGGCGGCCGGUACACCACCGUUGUAGCUACCUCACGUUCGGGCGCACCUCCCAGCAACAGUCCCGUUACGACGGGACCGACUGCUUUGUCCAAGACACAGGGCCACUUAAAUCCAGACCCCUCCAUCCCCUACAAGUACUGGGAUCUCACUCACCUGACAAAAAUCACCCAGAUCCGAUUGACAAAUUCCGAGACCCGAGCUACCGGCCCGGUCCUCCUGCACCCGGCGCCGAUGUGGGGCCGCGAUUCCAUGAAGCUCGGGCUUGCAUCCUUCCACCUUGAGGUAGCAGCAAACGGCGUCGGCCCUUUUUCCAUGGCUCUUCACAACGUUCCUUUCCACAAAUUCAAUGGAAAGUCUUUGGGUCUUUACUGGAAUUGCUCUUCAGGUGCGCGAAGUGGUAUGUGUGGGAGGAGCUAUUACCCGAUUCAAAGAUAUUCAAUCACCAGAAAGAACGGCCUCACUCGCAACAACCAUAUAGAGGGUUGGCACUCCCAACAGACAAGACAGCUUCAAUUGAUCACUUUUCCUGUCUUCUCCAACACACCCACGCCAGAAUAUCAACUCAACUCUUCCACUUACCAACGAUCAAUCACUUCUUUGGAGCUCCUGCGCCACACACAUCCUACCCAUAUCUACAUCACAACAAUGCCACACCCAUUCUUUCCCACGCCCCCAUAUGACUCGCCCGAAUGGAGGCACAUCUCCGUGGCGAUAAACAUGGGCUUUGCUUCGCCAGAUGGCAGUCAAGAAUGGACUGCUGGCCUUCUCGUACGCACACAAUGCCUCCCUUUACUUAUGGAACGCGGUUUCCACCUAGGGCCAGACAACUUCGUUCCCUUGAGCUCUUACGUCACCACCGAAGUCGAAGAUCCAGUCUAUAACUCGAAAGAAGGUAAAUUUACCCGCGUCUAUCACCUCUUUGACAAACAUCGUGGAUAUUGGGCGGCCAAACUCUACAUCUUCGCCUUGGACAUGCCUACCCUGUCCCGUUUUGAGCUGAAGGAGAUCAAAGAAGAGCACAUUGUUCGGACACUUGCGUAUAAUCCUGCUGGGAAAAUUGUCUAUCAGUACGACAAAGCCGAUCCGGUCUCCAACUUCAACACCAUCUUCGGUGAUAUCCCGCUAUCUAGGUGGUGGCCUUGGCCGAAGAGGCCGGUUGCUGAAGCAAGGCCAGUUGCUGAAGCAAGGACAGCCGGAGCAGCAAGGCCAGCCGGUGCAGCAAGACCAGUUGCUGAAGCAAGGCCAGCUGCUGAUUCAAGACCAGUUGUUGAAACAGGGCCAUUUAUUAGAACAAGGCUUCCAGAAGCAAGGCUACUCGCAGAAGCAAGGCCAGUUGCCGCAGCACUGCCAGUUCCAGAAGCAAGACCAGUCGGAGGAAGACAGUCGACUGCAUCUACAAUCGGACCCAGAACGGCCAAAGACCAAAGAAAAAUUGAUGAACAAGCGCAGAAAUUGAUCGAGGAGUCAUCCUACGACGACCUCGAUGCACCUGGGUCGGAUGAGGGUGAAUGAGAAGGGCGUGGUUCCAUUCAGAAGUCAUAAGCAUCAACUUUCAUUACUCGAUACACCAAACUCCGAUGAGC